CUGAACCUAGAGAGUGUAGACAGACACGGACAUCAUGGAGACUCGACCAUUGGCUGGGGAACCCCGUGCCAUCAUUGGGAUAGCUUAGGAGCCUUACGAGAGUACUCCUGAGACCCAAGACAGUCUAAAACUGAAAUGGGCUUUUUAGUGAUCCUGGGGCAUUGCUCGGUGACACCAGCGGCAGAGUGCAACUUACAUUUAAAAUCCCCUGUGAUUUCUGCCUAGCUUGCCUAGCUGUCUCUGCAUUUUACCGGGCAUUUGAGUCAGAUGGCUUUUCAGCCCAUGGUUCGCCUGCAGGUAGCCAAAGGCCACAGACCGUAUUUCAGACUUGCUGUUAGACAGAAUGCCCUGGAGUGUGGAGGCAUUUCUGCUUCAUGGAAAUGUCUGGAAGAUCAUUGACUUCCUGCCUAGAAUCGAGUGUGUGUGGUGGGUCUUCAGGGUAGGUGGCCCUGCACGUGGGGAGAAUGUGCGAGAGAGGCUUCUCUGCACGGCCGCCUCUUACUGAUUCUCCCAGCCCCGCCCCCCAGGCAAGGAUUGCAGAGCUCAAACCCUGGGCACAAACCGGGUGUCCCUACAGACAUCAGUCAAGGAAAGUAAGCCAGCGUGAGGCCCGUGGCUCGUGCCUUGUCCCGACGGGCACGGGAAUCUGCCCAGGAGGCAUUGGUGGGAUGCAGAGAGGGGCAACGUGCAGGCUGAGGAGAGGCAAAGAGAAGGCCUCCUCCCCCUCGUCAUUGUGCAAGGUGGCGGUGGGUCCCUUGGCUAACCCAUUCACCUAAGUAGCAGUCUCCAUGUGCCUUCGGGUGACCCAGGCGUGGGUGAAUUAGGAGGGUCUCUGUGGAGGACCUCGCCGUCCUGGCUGUGACAAUGCUGAAAGGACCGUGUGGCUACUCCCUUGACCCUGGACACCCGUCCUGGCUUCUGCUGCCUGUUUGAAAGUAUACAUCUGGUGCGGGGCUCUCAAGGCCACGGCCUCAGAAAAUGAGCUCUGACCUUUGGGCAGCACAUCAGUGUGGGUCAGCCAGGUCCUGGGAGAUCGAGGACACAAAGCCAGUUGGUGGUUUGCCCCCAUGUUUGGCAUGGUUACUUUAAACCCGUAGAUGAGUGUCGGCUUUCCGGGUGAACUACCUUGUGUGACCAGAAUGUUGGCACACUGACAGGUCACUUGCAUGGCUGGCCUUUUAUUAGGUUACCGGCUAGCUGUGUUGCGAUGUCACCCCCAAGUGACCCGAGCCCCUUUGUGGUGUCUCAAGCUGCACUGUUAGCAAGGGGUGCUGCUGGCCACGAUACACUCUCAUGUUUACAGGAAGGAAGGAUGCACCACCGCCGAGGAUGGCUAACCACAAGAAAAGUCAUCCGACAGGCCAGGGGCCUGGCUUCAGGAUGGGCCGUUUCCUCCAGAAAUAGGGGUUCCCGCAAUUGGCUUGCAGAGCUAUGCUCCCCCAGCAGACCCUCCCCACACCCUGGCUUCAGGCUGCUGCUUGAAGAAAAUACUUCGCAAGCUUUGACUGAGGAGCCUUUGUUCAAAAGGCCACGCACCACCUGUGACGCCCUGUCCUUGGGAGCAGGCAAUUUCCUCUGCCUGCCCUUCCCCAAGAAGCUGCGGAACAUUGUUAACAGGAAUCAGUUUGCAUCCAUUUGGUGGGAUGAUGAUGGGACUUGCAUAGGCAUCGACGAGAAACUGUUCCAGAAGGAGUUUUUGGAGAGGCGUGGCCUGAACAAAGUGAAACAUACUGUAUGAAGUUUCAUCCGCCAGCUCGAUGGAAUCCUCUAUGGAUUCAGCAAAAUUCUUCAGGAUGUCCUCCCAUCCAUGUGCCUGGCCAGCUUCUUCCCCGGAGACCCCAUGCUGAGCAAAGUAAGGUUCUACAGCAGUCCCUUGUUUAAGGGAGCCUGCUCUCACCUCCUCGUGAGGAUGAAGAGGAGAGUGGGCAUUAAAUCUGGGUUAAGGCAGGUGGAGAGCAAGCCCAAAGCCCUGGGAAUUCCCCCAGCACCUGCAGCCACUGAACGACCAGAGGAACUCCCCACCUCUAAUGAGGACAAGUGGGAGCCGGUGAGUAGCCAAGAGCUUAACAGUCCUACUACCCUGGUCAGGAGUGAGUCCGCCCCUCCAGCCAUUCCAAAGAUGGCAGCCAGGCCCAACUUGGAUCCGGAUGCUGCAGGAGGCCGGCCGACCAGCGGCCAGCCUGAGGGCACCCAGGUCUUGACACUCCCAUGGCUGCCAUGGCCAUGCCUGGGGCCUUCCCCCUAGUCUGUCUCGCCCUGCCUUCUGCCCAUGUGCAUUCCUACGGGCCGCUGGUAGCUUUGCUGCCAUGCCUCCCACGCUCCUGGCACCCCCAGA